AUGGGAGGUAUAGGAAAGACAACUCUUGCCCAGCUUUUAUUCAAUGAUAAAAAUGUUCAAGGCCUUUUUGAUCUAAAAUCAUGGGCUUGUGUUUCUGAAGAUUUCGAUGUUGAUAGAGUCACAAAAACAAUUUUACAAUCUCUAACCUCUGAGAACUGUGAUGGCAAGGAUCGAAAUUGGUUGCAAGUCAAACUCCAGGAGAAUCUAAAAGGCAAGAAGUUUCUAGUCAUUCUAGAUGAUCUUUGGAAUGAGAAAUAUCAUGACUGGACUAUCUUACGUGCUCCUUUCCUAGUAGGGGCUGCGGGAAGUACAAUUAUCAUCACAACUCGCAAUGGGGGAGUUUCAUCAACCGCGGGUACCGUUCCAGCUUACGAUUUGCAGGUGUUACCAAAGGAGGCUUGCUUGUCUUUAUUUACCCAACAUGCAUUGGGGGCAAAUGAUUUUAGUGCACAUCUAAACCUUCAAGAAAUUGGUGAGGAAAUCGUUAAAAGGUGUAAUGGCUUGCCCUUGGCGGCUAAAACCCUUGGAGGCCUUUUACGCACUAAACAUGAUCCUCAUGAGUGGAAGGAUGUGUUGGAGAGCAAGAUAUGGAAUAUACCCGAAGAAAAAAGUGAAAUUAUUCCAGCUCUUAUGUUGAGUUACCACCAUCUACCUUCACAUUUAAAGAGAUGCUUUGGGUAUUGUUCAAUACUUCCAAAGGACUAUGAAUUUGAAGAGCAACAGUUGGUUCUGUUAUGGAUGGCAGAAGGUCUAAUUCAGCCACGAAAGGGGGACAAGCAAAUAGAAGAUUUGGGUAGCCAGUAUUUUCUCGAUCUAUUAUCAAGGUCUUUUUUCCAACAGUCAACUGCGGAGAAAUCACGAUUUGUAAUGCAUGACCUCAUCAACGAUUUGGCUCAAUGGGUUGCAGGAGAUGUAUGCUUUAGAAUGGAAGAUAGAAUUGAGAGCAUCAACAAAGGAAAAAUUUCUAAAAAAGUUCGGCAUUUGUCUUACCUGAGUGACUAUUUUGAUGGCCCUAAAAAGUUUGAGGUUUUUUCUGAACUCACGUGUCUACGUACCUUCAUGCCUCUUAUGCUACCUAAGAUGAUGAGUUGUUAUUUGACUCAUGAUGUUCCUCUUAGAUUGUUGUCAAAAUUACUAUGUUUAAGAGUGCUCUCUUUGAGUGGGUACUGCAUCGUUGAGCUACCAGAUUUAAUUGGUAAUCUGAAGCAUCUACAGUACCUUGACCUUUCUUACACUCAUAUUAGAGAUUUGCCCGAGUCAACAACCACUCUUUGCAAUUUACAGACUUUGAUAUUGGAGAAUUGUCGUUAUCUAAAGAAAUUACCAUCAACAUUCAGCAACCUAGUCAACUUACGACACCUCAACAUUCUCAAUGCAGAUGAACUUGAAGGAAUGCCUCCCCAAAUAGGUAAAUUAACUUGUCUUCAGACAUUGACUAAUUUAAUUAUUGGAAAAAGCAAUUGCUUUGUGUUAAAAGAGCUAGGUUCUUUAUUGCUUCUUCGAGGGACACUCAUCAUCUCACAGUUGGAGAAUGCCACCGAAUCCAAGGAUGCAAGGGAUGCUCAGUUAAUUGAAAAGCCCAAUCUUUCUGCUUUGUGUUUGGAAUGGAGUGUCAAUUUGGACGAGUCAAAAGAUAGAACAAGUGAAUUAGAUGUACUUAACAUGUUACAGCCUCACAAGACUUUGAAAGAGCUCACUAUUAGGCACUAUGGUGGUAUAGAAUUUUCGACUUGGUUAAAAAGUCCAUCAUUUCCUAAUAUGGUGCUCCUAAGAAUUGAAAAUUGUAGAAAGUGCACAUCAUUGCCACCAGUUGGCCAACUACCAUUACUCAAAGAUCUUUUCAUUAAUGGCAUGGCUAGUGUGAAAAAUGUUGGUCAUGAGUUUUAUGGGGAAGGCUGCUCACAGACCUUUAGAUCUUUGGAAACUUUGUGUUUCAAGGAUAUGGAAGAAUGGGAGAAUUGGAGCCCUAAUGGAGAGUUCCCGCAUCUGCGUGAGCUUUCUAUUAAAAAUUGUCCCAAGCUGUUGGGGACAUUACCAAACCAUCUUCCUUCACUACAAAAUGUUGUUAUAGAAAGAUGUGAGCAGUUGAUAGUUUCAAUUUUAAGCUUUCCAGAGCUUUGCAAACUAGAAAUUGAAGGCUCAAAAGGGAUUAUGUGUAAAAGUAAGGUGGACUUCACCUUACUAAACUUUAAGUCUCUUUCAACAAUUUUAGAAUUCAAAUGUCAAGUAGAAGGAUUUAUGAAUGUAGAAAUUCUGAUUAUUCAAGAUUGUGAGGAGCUAACGCCUUUGUGGUCAAGUGAUGUGGGAUUACUACAAACCCUCCCUCGUCUUCAUAAUAUGGAGGUUCGCAAUUGUAAAAAACUAGUAUCUCUGGUGGCAGAAGAAGUGAAAGAGCAGCGGCAACAACAGGGUAUGUCAUACAUACGCAAUGACGUGAAAUCUUUACCCAAGGCAGUGGUGUACAACAACACAUGUCUUGAGCGUAUUUAUAUUAAUAGAUGUGAUUCCCUGACGCACAUUGCAAUAGGCCAUCUACCUCCAACUCUAAAGCAGCUAGAGAUAUGGUAUUGCAAGAAUAUGGUGAUUUUGCUGGACGAGGAUAAUACCAAGAGUUGCAGUAACAACACAUGUCUUCUUGAGUCCUUGAGGAUUAAUUUUUGUCCAUCCCUCAAAUCCUUAACUUCCAGCGGAGAAUUACCUGCUACACUUAAACAACUUGAUAUGUGGCAUUGUAAAAUGCUAGAGUCGGUUGCAAAAAGCUUCCGUCACGACUCAGCUCUCGAAAGCAUUGAUAUUUGGGACUGUAAAAACUUGAAAUCCUUACCCAUGGGCAUGCACAACCUUACCCAUCUACAUCAUAUUUCUAUUGACAGUUUCUCAACUCUUGUUUCCUUCCCGGACGGUGGGUUGCUCCCUCGCAACCUCAGAGAGCUGUGGAUUUACAAUUGUGAGAAAAUGCAGGCCCUACCCAACUGCAUACACAACAUCACAUCUCUUCAAGAAUUGGGAAUAUACAAUUGUCCAGGCAUUGUAUCCUUUCCAAAAGAAGGUUUGCCCACCAACCUAACAUCACUUCAAAUCAGAGAUUGCAACAUCAUUGAGUCCUUGCUUGAGUGGGGAUUGCACAAGCUUACCUCUCUUCAACAUCUUGAGAUUAAAGGUGGAUGUCCGCAUCUGGAAUCCUUUCCAGAGAAGAUGCUGCCUGCCUCUCUAACCAGCCUCUACAUCAGAAACUUCCAGAAUUUGAAAUACUUAUCUUCCAAAGGUUUUCGAUACCUCUCCUCUCUUCAAACAUUGGGAAUUGGUUGGUGCGAACAGCUGAUGUCUUUUCCAGAUGACGGUCUGCCUCCCUCACUCUUGGAUCUUCGCAUCGUUCGCUGUGAAAAGCUGACAUCCUUUACCGAGGAUGGUCUGCCUCCCUCACUCCAGCAACUUCGUAUUGCAAAAUGUCCUCUGCUGAAAGAACGCUGCAAGAAAGAUCAAGGACGAGCAUGGGUCAAGAUAGCCCACAUCCCUUGCGUUACAAUUGAUGGUAGGUUCAUCUAUGACCCAGAACCAGAAGAGCAGGAUCAGCUUAUGAGUUAUUCCGACCUAUUUUAUGUGUUUUAUUCGUAAGACUACUCUUUUGGUUGCCUUACAUAUAAACCCAAACGUCCGUCAGCUCCUUUGGUUGGGGCUCUUCUUUGAUUUCCAAUGUGUUUAGGGUCUCCAUCCCUAGAAUGGGAGGCUACUUUGAAUGUUGGCGUUGGAAAGACCGUCUUGCUGCUGUUCUUGUUGGUUUGAUGAACGGCGACUGUUCUUGUUGGAGUUAACGACAUCACAAGUGUUUGUUAAAAUGGCCAAGUGACCAAGCAGACUGAGAAGUUUUUCGACCAUUGAGUUUCUCAUCACUAACUGCCAUGUUGCUGAUCAUUACAAAUUUGCGAAUCAUCACAAAAAGAUCAUAUUGUAAGAAGAGUGGCCUUCAGGAGCUAAUAUAUCUCAUCGAGGGUGGCCCAAAUUCUUCUGAAGCUGCCGAAAGGAUCGAAAGGCUGUCUUACAUCCUCGAAAUGGUUUAAUUACUAGAGAAAUUCUGGAGGGAUUUGAUGUGCAUAUUACAUUAAGGGCUCUUUUUCCGUUGAAUCUUUCAAAAGAUGCCAAGAUUGGAGUAAAAUGAUAGUCAGCGGUGCAUUUACCAUUCAUCUCAUGCAGCUAUGAAAGAACCAUUGGAAACUGUAAAUGUGUUCUCACAUCUUUUCCGGAGGAUGGCCUGCCUCCCUCACUCCUGCAACUUCAAAAAUAUGAGUAUCCUCGGUUGAAAGAAGGCUGCAAGAAAGAUCAAGGACGAGAGUGGUUCAAGAUAGCCCACAUCCCUUGCAUUGAGAUUGAUGGCUGGUUCAUCUAUGACCCUGAAGAGCACGAACCCAUUUCUGACACAGAAUCGGUGAUAUCAGUGUGAGGGGCUCCCCUACCCUUUUGCCUACCACGCAAAUCAUCAUCGCCAUGAUCCACACAUCACUCUGUUCAAGAGGCCUCUAACCAUCAGCAGCGCAGGAGAACCAGGCCCAGCAUAACAUUCAUCAUUCCACGCAAUUUCACUUGUAAUCUCUCCAAGUAUGAUCAAGUAGACUUUAUAUUUGCCUAAGAAACAAUUUGGAUGUUUUGGAACUUGGGUUUGUAUAUUUGUUAAUUUUUCUGUUUGGGAAUUUUAUAUUUGCUAUUUGUGAUGCAUAGAUGUAAGAGGCUCUUGUCGUUGUGUCUGGACUCUGAACGUUGGCAUUGGAGAGAUCUUGUUGCUCCUAUUUCUUAAUGUUCUUCUUUCUGGUUUCACUUAACAGCAUAGAAGUGUUUAUUAAAUUGUUCCAGUAACCAUGCAGAGUUUUCAUUACUAUAUAUUGCUGAUUGUCAGAGAUUCAGUGAAUUAUUGGGACCCCCAAAGAAAAAGAGUAUUCGAUUAUAAACAAAGCGCAUCUGUUGGCUUGAGAAAAAAGAGGAAGAACCCUGUAAAUCCCAAACUCUGAGCCUAAUCGUCAAACCAGGAGCAUAUGUACUUUUUGUCCAAUAAUUUGGAAUCACACCGUUGUAGGUUGAAGCCGAAGUUUUCAAUGUUGAAAAUGUUUAUCAUGGAAAGAAUAUUGAUGGUCUCGAUCCCCAGAAUGGGAGGCUCAUUUGAUUGACUUGUGAAUGUUUGCGUUGGAAGGACCCUCUUGCUGAUGUUCUUGUUGGUUUGGUGAAUGUGCGACUGAGCUGAACAUUACAGUUUACAGAUUUGCAAAUCAUUUCAAAAAGAUUGUAAGAGGUGUGGACUUGAGAAGCUAAUGGUUUUAGAUCAUCAAGGGUGGGCCAAAGUUCUUCCGAAGCUGUCGAGAGCAUCAGAACAGCUUAAGCAUUUUUGUGAAAAGUAUGUCAACGUUUAUAUAAAUGUUGUGUGGGAGAUUGUAAUCAUGACCACUUUGUGAUGAUUUCAUUUCUCCCUCCAUUCCAAAAUAUGAAUGUCCUGAUUUCAAAUCAAGCAAUUUCGGAUGAAGAAUGGAUACAAUACUCAAAAAGAUUUUCCCAAUAUCACAGCUGGGCACAAUUUUUAAUGAAUGUCUUGUUUGCUAUUUUAAUAGGCGAACACA